GGUCGCACCUUACAGUAUGUUCCCAUUCUGCAGUCACUGUCACAGAUAUUAAGUCUCAAAGACAUCCAGGAAAAAGCCUUCAACUCUUCACACAACACUCAUGAGGGUCGAUAUGAAUCAUUUCGUGAUGGAACACAUUUUAGAGAAAAUGCACUUUUAUCCGCUGAAGAAAUAACUCUCUUCUUCUCUACAUUGAUGAUUUUGAGGUUUGCGAUCCACUGGGAACAUCUAGAAAAAAAAACACAAGAUUACUGCAGUGUAUUGGGUGUUGGCAAACGUUCCACCACAGUUUCGUGCUACACUGAAGUCUAUCUAUGUAGCUGUGCUUUGCAAGGCUGUGGACGUAAAGAAGUAUGGUUAUGAGGCAGUGCUAGAGCCACUGUUAAAAGACCUUGUCCAGUUGGAAGAGGAGGGGCUCUUUAUUCCUGUGUUUGGAAAGAAAAUCAAGGGCACAGUAGUUAGUGUUGUAGCUGACAAUUUAGGUGCCCAUUCAAUCGGUGGCUUUUUGGAAAACUUCUCCGGAUCUCAUGUCUGCAGGUUUUGUUUAGGAGAGCUCUCAGAGUUUCAGGGAAAAGUAGUAAGAACUGGAUCCUUCCGAGCCAGAACAAAGCAAGAACAUUCUCUUCAUGUACAAGCAGUUUCAGGAAGUCCCACUCUCACUCACUGCUUUGGUGUGAAAAGGCAGUGUGCCUUAACUAAUAGAUUAAAAUAUUUUCAUGUUUUGUCAGGAUACCCACCGGACGUACUUCAUGACCUGUUCGAGGGAAUAAUACCUUUGGAACUGGCAUUGUGCUUCAAUGUUCUGAUUAAGAAAAAAUACUUAACUUUAUUUCAACUCAAUGACCUAAUCAGACAAUUUCCCUAUAAGUGGACUGACAAGACUGACAGCCCACAGCCUAUCCCACUGAACUUUGCCACCCGGAAGAGCUUAGGUGGAAACGCUCAUGAAAAUUUGACUUUAUUGUGUCUGAUCUCUCUCAUCAUUGGUUUCAAAGUGCCAGAGAGUGAACCAGCAUGGCAUCUUCUAAUGGACCUUAAAGACAUUGUUGAACUAGUGGCUUCUCCAUUUCACACAGAUGACACAAUUAGAUACCUUGACACCAAGAUAUCUGAACACAGGCAUAGAUACAGGAAGGUUUUUCCAGAGGCAAAACUUCUGCCGAAGCAUCAUUUUCUUGAGCAUUAUCCACAACUAAUCAAGGCUUUUGGGCCGCUUGUAGCUAUGUGGACAAUGCGCUUUGAAGCAAAGCAUAGCUUUUUUAAGCGAGUUGUUCAACAUACCAGCUGUUUUCGCAACAUUUUACUGUCUCUUGCUGUGAAGCAUCAGUUCAUGCUGGCUUACCAUCUGCAUGGCACAGACAUACUGAAACCUGCCCUAAGUGUCUCAAAUCUGUCCACGGUGCCUGUGGAUGUCCUCAAGGAAAACAUACAGGAAGCAGUAUAAAGAAGGUUUCCUGGAGAGACAUGUAUUCAGGUAGCUAAUACAGUAACCUGCCAUGGCACCAGUUACUCAGUGGGAAUGAUCUUGCCCCAUGGAUGCACUGGAGGGCUUCCGGAUUUUGUUGAACUAAGUCUAGUCCUCAUUUUGCAUGGCCAGCCUGUAUUUGCUGUCAAGUGUCUACAUUCAUGGUACAGUGAGCAUCUUCGGGCUUUUGAACUGGAAUCCACAAGACAAGUGACAGUCCUCGAGCAACAGGAAUUAACAGACUCUUACCCUCUUGCAGCAUACACUGUUGCAGGAAAGCGAUUUGUCACCUUGAAGCGUCACAUUCCCAUCCAGGAUUAGAAUCAUCAUGUCUGCCAGACUUCGAGUCAUACUGCAAGAAGAAAUCUGCAAGCUUUCCUUGCCCUUAGGUAUCCCUCAGACUGUGGAGGAAUUGAAGCACAUCAUGCAAGAGACAUUCACAAUUGAACAAGAAUUUAGUAUACAGUUCCAGGACCAAGAUUUUGAUGGUCAGUUUUUCACUCUCCUUGAAACUAAUGAAAUCAAGGACAAAGACACUGUCAAGGUGGUUUUUGCUGAGCCAGUGGUCACCUUAACAUUGGAGGAUUCUUUGAAUAUUAAAGGACCCCAAGAGAGCUUUGAUAGCAGUUGCACCGAGGAAGAUGUUGGUUCCAGUUCCAUUGCAUCCAAUGAUACCAUAAUCCUCUCUUCUCCAGAGAGCACUUCCUCCCUGCGUUCGGUGUCUUGGCCAGCUCAGUUUGAGAUACCUACCUUCUCCCUUGACACUGAGCUUGUUCUACAAGCUGCAAAUGAAGCUUACCGAAAGGAUGGCACCCCACUCAACAAUCCUGCAGUAAAAUCUGACAUUCUGAACAAACUAGCAGAAAGUAUCUUUGUCUAUACUGCCUAUCCCUCACAAGCCCAAAGGGAGCAGGUCGCUGAGGCCCUGGUUACAAAGCACCCGUGUUUGAGGGACCCAGUGUCCUUCAAUGGCUUAUAUAGUUGGCACAACAGCCUGAAGUACAAGCUUGGCAAUUACAGAGCAAAGGUGAGACACCUUGGACUACCAGAGCUAAAUGUUAACUGUCUGAAGAGAAAAUCCCCUGCAGAUGGAACUCCAGCAAAAAGCUUAAAAAAGGCAAAGAAAUCUGAGGUAAACUACCUCCCACCUCAUCCUCAAGGUGAAACUGAUGCAACCCUUGAAAAGGAGAGAGUGGAGCUUCUCUAUGAGUACAAGAAGAGAGACAACAACAAACUCAUCAAUGAGAAGAUGGCAAAAACCUUCUCACUGCGUCGAAAUGAUGUAAUCCUCAAGAAACCACCUGUGAUUGAUCUCAAAGCUCGAUGGCCUGCCCUGUUUAAGGUUUCCCAGAUUGAGGAGGAAUUCCGUAGGAUAACAUUAAAGCCACCACAGUCCACAUUCCUGGGGAAGUUGGACCAAUACAUGCCCAAACUGUUGAGCCUGUACAGGAGGAAAGGGGGAGCCACUGGGAAGAAACUUGAUCAGACCAUUGACCUGUUAAAUGAGGACCACAGCAUUGAGCUCUGAAGAGAGGUUGUAAUCAGAGGCCUCAUUCUCUACCUUGGUGAAAAGACAGAGGAGUUAAUCAAAGACUACCAGGCUGUUGAUGACAAUGAUGCUGCAGCAAUCCAAGAGGCCCUUGCUACAUUUGUCCUCGACAUCUUUGUGGUCAGCAAAGCCAGGGAUGAUGGUCUCCACAAACAAGCUGGAAUAGCUAUCGAGGGAGUAGAGGUCCUUUUUGGUAUUCCUGAUGUGGCACAUGCUUGUGCCUACCUGAUGGGCCUCAUCUAUGCCAUGGAACUAAGCUACCCUAAGAAACUGAAAUACACCUUUGAGGUCUUUCAGAAGAUCUUCCUAGAGCUGGAGGAUAUGAACAAAAAAAAUGUCCUCUAAAGUUCAUGAUCUGAAGGUUAGAUUACUUGUCUAAAAGCCAUACAGACUUCGUUGAAGGCAGAGCGUUUGAGUGAGUUUACAGUUGUUGGUGUUAACAUUGCAAUGUCUCAGGUUCCAGUGCACUUUCUCAGGUUACAUUUUGAUAUUUUUGAUGCUGUUGUUGGUUUAUUUGGGCCACGCAUUGUAUUGACUAGUGUUGAAUUCUGUCAAUUCUUUGCACUUUCAAUGGCAUAAAAUUCAGCUCUGGUCAGCACGGACAAAUCAUUGUCACCUAUAUUUUCAUAUGGGGAUCAUGUUUGCGAGCCUGUUUUUUUUUUUUUUCAGGAUUUUAAGUCCAUUUGAAGGACUGUGACUGUUCAGGUGUAAGAUGUUACUUUUAUAGAGAAGAUCCGGUACAAUUGAUUGCCGAUUGUAUUUAACUCAAUUCAAAAUGCGACCUUAUUUCACGUUGUGUUGGGUUGAAUUAAAUUUCAAAAUCUUUUGAAAUACUAGUUAAAUAUUUAUACCCACUGUUGGACUCAUGGGUAUUGUUCAGAGUACAUACCAUUAUUGCCCAGUUGGCAGACAGUGUCGAGACCUUGUCCAUCUGUAUUUUCAACACUUCAACUCCAUGGCAGCAUAUCUUGACACAUAAUGAAUGGAUUGUCAUAUAAUUUAGUGAACACAUUCAU